CCGAGACCGAAGGGAGGAAUGGACCUGCAGUACGACAUCGAAACCCCCGUCGGGCAUAACAGCGAGAGCUGCAGACGCGAGCCCACCCAGGCCUUCAGUAACGAAACAAAAGCUUCUGUCCGUUUCAGCAAGUGUGUUGCGCAAUCACUGUGAUCAGGCUUCUCCGACUCAUAUGUUCAUGCGGCGCGACCCAAUGUGUACGGCAACGACCGUUUGUUUAGCAACGACGGAAGCGAGUCGUCGGACUCCUCCGGCAUCGAGAUGCCCGGGACAGCGGCACCCCCCUUCGGGCGUUCAAACUUUCUGCCGCCGAUUCGCGAGUCUCGAGCAUUCAUCGAAGCGUCUGCGGUGCGAAAGCAGCUUGCUUCCCUUGCUCGAGAGAACCGUACGGAUGACGAAGCCACACGGCACAUGGUGAUCGGGGAUCUGUUCAGCCCUCAGCCCUCCAUGGCCGUCGGCCAUGAGCGCAGUGGCAGACGGACUUCAGCGGUGGAAAAAUUGAUGAGGAGAGGCGAAACUCACAUGUCUGACACGAUGGCCUUCCCUGCAGUUGUGGGGGUGUUGUCGAGGGAAAACACAGGCCCGCUGUCGCGGAUGUUCACAAGUGUCAGAAGGGCCGACAGCGACGGUGCUCUCGAAUGGGGGCAUGCACUAGACGAUGAGGGGACAGCGGAGACCACGCCGGAACAGAAGGGGUCACACUGGCCAGCGGCUCCCCAAGAGUCCGCGUUCGGCACGCCACAUAUGGUAUGCCUCUCUCUGUCUCUGUCUCUCUCUCUCUCUGGUGAAGGAGAAUAUGCAUAGCUUACAAAGUGUGUGUGUCUGUGUGUGUGUGCGUAUUGGCUGUUCUGACUUUGCAGCAGCCGGCUCAGGUCAAUGUGGUUCAGGCGGCCUUCGGUGUACCCAGGAACAUCACCAGCCGCCGUCAAUCCGACGCAAGCGUCCUGCAGAUGCAGAUGAUAAAGCGGUCGCCAGAGCAGCAGAAAACAUCGCCACCCACACAGAACCAGCAGCAGGGCCAGCAGCAGAAAGAGAGGAAAAGCAAAAACAAGAGGAAGGUCCCACUGGAGCUGCUGCUAGGUUCGCCGGCGACCACGAGCAGCCACAGCGUCCGGCGCAGAAAGGAGGGGCGGCGAGGAUCGCAUGCCACGCUCAUGACGGGGGAGGACCUGCAGAUGGUGCCCGUCAUGCUGACACCGCAGCAGCAGCCAGCCCCACCAGCAAUGACAUUUGGUACGACCUUUGUCAUGUCCAUGCACGCACACGGCCGACAUCUGUGUCAUUCGUUAGGUAAUCCUGCGGCGAUGGGUUCGCUGGCCUUUUCGUUGUCUGUCGCGCUGAAUUCCAGUCUGUCGGCUGGCUGGAUAGAGGUUGGGAAGAACGCACGCGGGAUGGUGGCGUCAUUCACUCUCUGCCACUCGGGGAUGGGACAGCUCCUCACCGGCAUGUGGAUGGUACGCUACAAAUGCACGCAGGCAGAUGUGUGUCAAACAAACUGUGGGUAUCUGGGGGAUGUCUGUCCGCAGUUUGCGCGUGGCAAUGGAUUUGGUGGUGUCGUCCAGUCUUCGUACGGGCUCCGGAAUAUCAGUCUGGGGCUCUACCUCAUUCUCGAGUCUCAAAUCUCAGAAACAGAUGCAUCAAUCGCCACCGAAGGUAGCUAGUCGGUUCACACACACACACACACACACACACACACAAAGGCGUAAGGGUGUGCGGUCGGGUGCGUGGAUGGAUGCGUGGAUGGAUGUAUCGAUGCGUGCAGGUGCCACAGCGCUCAUGGUGGUCAACAUCCUGUGGUGUGUGGUGACAUUGGGGUUCUUCAUGGCCUCCCUCGGCGGGCCGCGCGUCGCACAAAUCACGCUGGGGACGGCAGCACUCAUGGUAUGUAUGUAUACAUAUACACUACAUACACAUUAUAUUUACACAUAUGCAUAUACAUAUACGCAUGUAUCGACAACUGAUACCGAUCCCCUGGUCCACCUGCAGUUUGCUUUCGGGGCUGGUUCGCGAUUCAUGGUCCCUCUCAAGUACGUGUCGGCCAUGUUUGGCAUGUGCUCAAGUGAGUGCGACAAAAAAGAGAGAAAGAGAGAAAGAGAGAGAGAGAGAGAGAGAGCUGCAGCCUUACCUUCCAGCCUCGCAUGUGUGUAGGUGUGUCGGCGUGUUACAACGCCAUGGGUCUGCUGACGAUGGAGGCAUACCCCAACCUCUUCCUGCCAGGUCCAUCCAUGUCUCCCUGUGUUUCACUCACUCGCAACCGUGUUCGUUCAUCUACCCAUUUUUGGUGUACGCACGUGUUGCAAUGCCUGCAGGCUUCACACCGUGGAACUGCGAAUGUUGCCGCAGGCGCCGCAAGCGCUCGACGCCAGGCCCUGCGAGCUCCGUCCCGCUGUCGGAUCUCGGCGCCCGCUCCCCCCGCCGCAAGUCGCCCAGUGGUGGUGGGCCGGACUCGGGCUUCCCAAGUCCGAGCGACGAGUGCGGCUCCCCGAUAGUCAACAAGAAUGACGCGGCGUUGUCGCCCUCGUCGAGGAAAAUUGCUGGUGUCAGCAGUCAGGGGCGGCAGGUGGUGGAGGAAAUGCGGCACAGGGCCACCCUCGGCAGCAUCGGGAGUCCCAUGUCAGCCGGCAGCGCCAGAUCGAUCGCUUACAAGGCCGAAUGACGGAUGGCUGGCUGGAUGGAAGGAUGGAUGGAGACGGGAGGCCAUUGCUCAUAUCUGCAUGCACGCCUUAUUUGUGUUGCUAUUGGCUUCGGUGAUGACUGACGGCCGAGUGCAUACGUCCGUACAUUCACGCAGAGAGAGAGAGAGAGAGAGGCAGCCAAAGAGAGCAGAGAGAGGAGGAGGGAAUUCUGUCGCUCACAUGGGUUUGUUGUGCCGCAUUGGUGUCUGGGCACCCGUACGUACGAGAGAUGGUUUGCUGUCUGUCUGCCUCUCUCUGUCUCUCGUCUCUCUCUAUCUCUCUCUAUCUCUCUCUCUUUGUGGGUGCUGAAAGGCAGAUAGGCCGGUCAUGGGUGUCAUGGGUGCAUUCAUUGGGCAUUUAGCCUUCUUUCUAGGUUUGAGGGUCGCUUUGUAUCUUGAGAGGUGCUAGAUGGUAGAUGUUCUGAAGUUGCUUGCAAGCUUAGCCCUGCCCGAGACACACCCCAUACAAUCAUGGCCCGUGAGACACCCGUGAAUCAAUGCGUGGAUGUGCUCACAUCGAAGUGUUUGUUGCG